AUGAAGUGGUUUCCUGGAAGCAUUAACGAUGCUGUCGCGACUUCUAAGUCCAAAAACGCAAUCUUUGUAGUUUUUAUUGCUGGUGAGGAUGAUGCAUCAAAGGAAACGUCACGGGUGAUCGAUACACCAGAAGUGUCAUCAUCCUUGGAGAAAGAUGAAUUUGUUGCAAUAAAACUCGAAUCUGGCAGCGAGUCUUACAAAUUUUUUGCUCAAAUUUAUCAAUUGGUACCAGUACCAUCAUUGUUUUUUAUUGGUGACAAUGGCAAGCCACUGGAGAUAGUCGCAGGAACUGUCACUCCCUCGAGUUUAAAGGAUAAGAUAGACUCAGUUUUGGUAAAGGCUGGAAAAAGGGACUCGUCAAAUAACUUUAUAAAGAUGGAACAAUCCAGUGCUGAGGCUACUGUUUCAAAUACUCCCCAGACUUCUACGAGUAAUAACAAUGUUCCUGAAAGUACCACAGAAUCAUCGGGUGCUAAUGCUAAUGCUAAUGUAGAUAGUUCAAUAUCCGCUGAAGAAAAAAUAGAACGGGCUAAAAAAUUAAUCGAACUACAAAAAAAACAGCGAUUGGAGCAAGAACGAGAAAAAGAAAGAUUGAGAGAAAUAGAGCGACGGGAGAUGGGUAAAAAUGUCCAAAGCGCCAAGCGCAAGCAACAGGAUUUAGAGUUGAAAUUAGCCCAUGAAGAACGAAUGAAGGAAAAAGCAGCUGAAUUGGAAGCUAGGGAGAGGAUCAGGGCUCAAAUUGCUCAGGAUAAAAUUGAGCGAAAACAACGCGAGCAAGCAUUGCUGCAACAAAAUAACACAGAGGAGCGUCCAGCAGUGCCUCCACCAUCUAGGGCGUUCCUUGCUGACGGAACAGCUCGCAUACAGUUCAGAUUGCCUUCUGGAAACCCACACACUGGUUCAUUCCAAUCGACGAGUACACUCAGAGAAUUAAGAGCUUAUGUUGUUAAUAAUAUCGAGCUACCAUUCCAGCAAUUUUCAAUGUCCACGUCGUUCCCCAGGAAGGAUUUAAGUCAAGAGGAUGAUGAUAAGACACUUGUGGAGCUUGAACUUGUUCCUACUGCUGUUGUGCUUAUUUUACCGAUUAAAAAUUCAAAACCAUCAGCGAUAAUUCCAUCAGACGGCACAAAUUUCAUUUCAAGAUUUAUGUGGGCGCUAUUCGCACCUCUGGUUACUGUCUUUAACUACAUAACAGGGUAUUUUUCGGGAAACAGAGGUUCCAAUGACCGCACUAGCGAUUCCAGAGGUUCCACUGGAGAGUCACGAACCGGUGGAGUCUAUUCUUCUGGUUCGCGCCCUAAUGUUAGUCAACCUGGUUCGAUUAGGAGGACGCUCGGCGGGUCAAGCACUACUGUAAGAGCAAGAGGUAACGUCCAUCGAUUACACUCCGGGGACGACGAUGACGAUGAAAACAACACGUGGAACGGAAACUCAACUCAGCAGAUGUGA